UCCGCCUCGGCUUCGGCAUGGCGCCGCGCACGCUGCUGCUGCUGCUGCUGUUCCUCCCGUGCGCCAUCCCGGGUUCCACAGAAAACUCGAGCUGGACAGCUGUACCUCGCAAUUAUACACACCCGGGGCCCUCGGGCACGGGUCCCACGCUGCUCCGUUUGUUCUACGUAAUCACCGGGCUCAGCGGCCUGAUCUCGCUCUACUUCCUCAUCCGGGCUUUUAGACUCAAGAAGCCACAGCGAAGGAGGUAUGGACUUCUGACCAACAAAGAGGAGCAUGAAGAGAUGGCAUCUCUGGACAGCGAGGAAGAGACCGUCUUUGAAACCAGGAAUCUGAGAUGAUACUGAGGUGGGGGUGGUAGGCUACAAGGACGAGAGACGACGUGUCUUCUGCGGGCUCUGAUGUCAACCUUCCUGGAGGGUGUCUGUACAACCCCUCGGCUGCUCCAUAGGCCAGGACAAUGUGACCUCACCUCACUGAGACCAGCCCACAGACCUGAGGCCCCCAAAGCUCUGUCCCCAUGCCUCCCAUAAGUGACAAGCAGCCCUACAAGGUAUGAUGGAGCGAAUGGACCUUGGGAUCUCAGUGUGCGCCUUUCCGCUGCUUUGGGGACAAUAAAUGAAGCAGUGGCCUUGUAGCUGACCUGAAA